UUAUAGUCAUUCAAGCCAGUAAGGUAGUAAGACAUCGCCGUACCGGCAGCGCGCCGCGUUCAAUGAAACUAUCGUAUCUCGUGUUUAUUUAAGUUUGGGAAAUACACUUAUUCUGUUUACGUUAUAAAUGUAAUAAUUUAAGCCUUAAGUAAUUUGUUUACGUAUACUGUAUUUAUAGAGGUUUUAAGACCUCCACACGCGUGUUAUAAAAGAGAAGUUGUAUGUCUGGCGUUAUCAAUUGAUUCCUAGGGUCGAGUGUAUCGAAUUGUUAAUAUGAGUGAGUCUAGGAGGUCAGAAAGUUGUGAGAGUGAGAAGAAAUAUGAGUUGGUGCCUCCCGAAGGUGGCUGGGGAUACGCUGUGUGUGUUGGCCUUUCCGUUAUAUUUAUAGCUGGCACUGCUCACCAGCCCGUAUUUGGGUUUAUAUACAAUGAUUUUUUAGACGAACUCGGUGUUGGAACCGGCGCUGUCACCCUUGUGUAUGGAGUGUUCCAGGUUACGCUCGCUAUUGCUGGAUUCUCCGCAAACAUAGCACUGAAGAAAUUAUCACUAAGACAAGUUGGACUUAUCGGAGCGUUUAUUUACACUUUCGCAUCAUUUUUAGCCAUUUUUGUGGUGUCAACAACACAACUGAUUAUAACAAAUGGAUUCUUGCAAGGGUUAGGGAUGGGCCUCCUCAUUCCGGUGUCAUAUACCAGCUUUAACAGUUAUUUUACAAGGAAAAAAGUGCUUUAUUUAAGUCUAUGUAAGGCAUCUAUUGGACUGAUAACGAUGGUGUAUCCAUUGUUCAUAAAGUUUACUAUAACUGAAUAUGGAUUUCGGGGCACGUUAGCUAUUUUGUGCGCGAUAUCUUCUCACAGUAUUUUCGGGGCAUUAGUUAUGCACCCAGUACAAUGGUAUAUGGUGAAGCGAGUGAAAUCAUGCGAAAAAAUUGUUUUGAUCCCACCAACGCCAGCCAUCGAAAACGGCAAAAGUUUCGACUACCCGAAGAGUAUAAACGGGACAAAACAAGACGCGAGAUCUGUAGAGAACUUGUACAUAAAGCACGGCUUAGAGAACCACAAAGGAUCUGGGCUUUUAUUCAUUCCCAACUUGACCGACUCUAGGAGAUUAAGUAUUCCCGUGGUUUUGAUACCAGCGGACAAGAGCGAUGGCAAGUUCAACUCUAGUGACAAUGUGUAUAUAGAGAACCUUUAUAAAGCGGCGUCCGUGUCCAGUUUGGGCAACUUCGGCAACAUGGGAUCUACGCCCAUGCCAAUUAUCAAGAACAAGGAAGGUAAAUGGCAAACAGUGGCUGAAUUUCUUGAUCUGACUCUUCUGAAGGAUCCUAUCUUCGAUAAUAUAAUUUUCGGGCUGGCGCUGUCGUUUUUCGCUGACCUUACAUUCUUUACAUUGGAACCACUUUUCUUGGACAAAAACAAUCUCUCAAAGUCAGAAAUAGCAAAUAUAAUAGCUGUUGGAGGAGCUACGGACAUGUGUGCGAGGCUUCUCCUGGGGAUCUCUGGACAGUUCUUCCGAAUGAACAGCAGAUAUAUGUUCUAUUCAGGAGCGUUGUUGGCUGCUAUGUUUAGAAUGGUGAUCAUAAACUUCACAACAUACACUCCGCUUCUAAUCCUAACCGGAUUACUGGGUGCAUUCAGAUCUCUAGUGCAUAUAGCCCAGCCCAUCGUGAUGGCGGAGCAUGUGCCGAUAGAGAGGUAUCCACCAGCGUAUGGAAUAUACAUGCUGUUGGCUGGAGGCAUCAGUUUAACUGUAGGGCCUAUGAUUGGUUUCAUUCGAGACUACACAGGCAGCUAUAAGAUUGCAUUUAUUAUGCUGGCUAUGUGCAACUUCUUCUGCGUAAUACCCUGGACUGUAGAGGCUGUUAUAAGGUACAUGCAACGAAGAAAGGAAAGCUCACAAAUAUGCAAACAAUGAGUCAGAAAUAACAACAAAAUUUGGAGUGCUCAAAUUGAUUUACGUCCUAUGAAGUGAUAUAAUACGUUAUGGCGAAACGACGCCUUCAAUAUAUCAAAUAUAUGAUAUGGACUGGCUUUUUAAAGUGCAAAAUGAUUAUGGAAUGUAAAACUGUUCUGUUUUAUAAGACUGUAUACGAAUGUUGUUAUUUAUGUUGAGUUUAAUUCAUUGUAAGUUAAGUAUAUAAUUUUAAAGUAAGUUAUAGAUAUACGAUUAUGUUAUUGUUGUAAAUACUUAAUGUUAAGAUAGAUCCGGUUAUAAAGUUUUAUUAGUUGAUGCAAUUAAAAUUAAUAUUUAUAUAAUUUUAAUUAAUUUUAUACGGUAUACACUAAGGGUAUACAUUCGAUAAUUCUAUGCGCCUGAUACUUUAAUUGUUCUAUGAAAUUAAUCUACGCAUAAUUGCUCAAAAUGUUAGCCUUUAAUCGAUAAGCUUAUUUAUUAUAUUAAAAAUAGACCUAAAAAACAUUAUUUCAGUGCAUUUGUUAAUAAUAAUUGUAAUAAAAAUCUACUUAGGAUACCAAAAAUAGCUUACUGUUUUUAAUAUAAGUAAAUAUAUUAAAAGUGAAGGUAGUACUGUUAAAUUUGGGUGUUAUCAUAUUAUAAAAUUAACAGUAAAACUGGAGCAUGUAUAAGUUAUUUUUAAUUCGCUGUUUUUGAAAAAUACAUGAGUCGUAUCACUGCCUUUAAUAUGGAAAUAUUACGUAUGUUUGUUAUAGUUUUUUUUUAGAAAAUAGUUACGAAGUUACUAAUAAUUAGGUAAAAAUAGCUUAUUAACAUAGUUUUAUAAAAAAUCGAGUCAAUAAGAAUCUGUUAAAAAUAAUAGUCUACCUGUGUACUUUGAGUAACAUUACUGCCAAAAAUAGCUAUGUAUGUAAUUUAUAACUAAUUAGAGAACCUUAAAUUAUUUACACAAUACCAAAAGCAAGAAUAAAAAAUGAAAAAACCGUUCAAAAAACCGGAAGAAUUUUCGUGCCAUCAUUUAUUGUUUUACCAUACAGUCACUCUGAGUAAGUUGAAUUGAUUUAGUACAUAUUACAAGCAAUUAUUUGAUUGUCUACUUAAUGAAACAAAAAUAACACUAUAUACUAUAGCCUAUAUCACUCAAUAAUGUAGCUUUCUUCAGCUAAAAGAAUUUCAAAAUACAUAAAUAAGAAUCCAUAAAAAUUAACCUAAGUUUAACUUAAAAUAUAAAACAAAAAUAUUUUUCUAUUACAACAACGUAGGUACAAGCAAGUGUAAGAGAUUAUUGGUUAAUAGAGACAAUUCAGAGUCAUUUAUUAUAUCCGUGUAAUAUAACAGUACUAUAUAGAGCAACAUCAGUCAUCAAUUUAGUUGUAAAGAGUCCCUAGUUUUUUUAGAGUUUCUAAAGUACAUAAUUUCAAAAUAAGGAAUUUAUUUUAUACUACGAAAAUGUAUUUAUUAAGUAGGUUCUUAAUAAAUAAAUUUUCUUGGUAUAAAAUAACAUCUUCGUAACUGAAAUUUUGACAUAGCCUCAAUAGGACACAACCAAUUCCUUAUUUUCGAAAUUAACUGAACGAAAUUAACCUAACCUAUUUAUUAAAACCUAAUUUUAAGUCAAAAUUUACUUACCUAAGUGUUUUAGUGUCGUAAAAAUUGAUUCCAGUAUCUUAUUAAAAGUGAUUACUUAUGCUGUAAUUAUUUUGUAUAUUUUGUUGAUUGUUAUUUCGAAUCAAUUACCCCUUAAUAAUAUGACUACCUAUAUUAUGUACAUACUUUUUGAACUUCUUGUCUGUUAUUUCAUGUGUUCUGUAUGUUACGUGUCUUUUUAAUAUUAAAUUGAUCUGUAUGGCUGUAUUUUUGUGAUAAAAGUUGUUAAGAUGUUCAUAUUCUAUAUUGAAAAUGAUAAUUUUAUAAGUUGUCGAAUACAAAAAUGUUGUUAUAAAAUAUUGUUAUAAUAUUCAAAUGCAUUCAAUGUACUUACAUAUCAUAUUAUGUUAAUACUCAUACGGAUAGAGUAUUUAUGGUACACUAAUAUGUAAAACGCUUUAAUUACCAAUGUUAAUGAUCAAUAAAUGAAGCUAACGAAACUGA